UAUUCCGCCGUUUUCGUCACCAGAUGGUGGACUUCAACAUCGGGGGUGUCAUCAGCAUCAUCGUGUUCUACGUCCUGAUCCUGCUGGUCGGCAUCUGGGCAGGCAAGAAGAAGCCGCCCGGUGAAGAUGACAGCGAGGACGUCAUGCUCGCCGGCAGGAGCAUCGGCGUCUUCGUCGGCAUCUUCACUAUGACCGCGACAUGGGUGGGCGGUGGUUACAUAAACGGAACAGCCGAAAUCAUCUUCGACAAGGGCAUCGUGUGGUGCCAGGCGCCGUUCGGAUAUGCUCUCUCGCUCGUAUUCGGCGGCAUCUUCUUCGCCAACAAGAUGCGCGAGGAGGGCUACGUCACCAUGCUGGACCCGUUCCAAGAGGUGUUCGGCGGCAGGAUGGGCGGCCUGCUCUUCAUCCCGGCCCUGCUCGGAGAGGUGUUCUGGUCAGCCGCCACUCUCGCCGCUCUCGGCGCGACCCUGAAUGUCAUACUGCAGGUGGGCCACGAGGCCAGUGUCAUCCUCUCCGCCUGUAUCGCCGUCUUCUACACGCUCUUCGGCGGUCUCUACAGCGUCGCCUACACGGACGUCGUUCAGCUCAUCUGCAUCUUCCUCGGCCUGUGGCUCUGCAUCCCAUUCGCGUGGAACCAUGAGGCUGUGGGAAAGGUGGAGCCCGAAGAUAUGGACUGGAUUGGCUCCGUGGACGGCAAAUGGGGCUACUAUUUCGACUAUUCGCUGCUGCUCAUCUUUGGAGGCAUUCCGUGGCAGGUGUACUUCCAGCGCGUUCUGAGCAGCAAGAGUGGCAAGAAAGCUCAGAUAUUGUCCUACAUCGCCGCCUUCGGCUGUGUCAUCAUGGCCGUGCCGCCCAUUCUGGUCGGAGUCAUCGCCAAAUCGACCGAUUGGAACCAGACGAUGUAUCCUGGAGCCAAGCCGAUCGUUCCCCCUCACUCGGCCAUGAUUUUACCGAUCGUUCUGCAAUACCUGACUCCGAGUGCGGUCAGCUUUUUCGGCCUGGGCGGCGUUUCAGCCGCUGUCAUGUCAUCUGCGGACUCUUCGGUGCUGUCAGCUUCGUCCAUGUUCGCCAGAAAUGUCUACAAAUUGAUCCUGCGACCAAACGCCUCGGAGACGGAAAUAAUCUGGGUGAUGCGAGUCGGUAUCUUCAUAACAGGAGCACUGUCGACAGUAAUGGCACUCACUAUACCAACCAUUUACGGACUUUGGGGCCUCUCUUCUGAUCUGGUGUACUGUAUCCUGUUCCCGCAACUGUGCAUGGUGGUCCACUUCAAGCACCAUUGUAACACGUACGGCUCGCUGGCCGGGUACAUUGUCGGUCUGAUGGUGCGCCUCUCCGGAGGUGAAGACGUGAUGAAAAUACCACCACUGAUACUCUACCCAGGGUAUAAUUACGAGACCAAGGAGCAAAUGUUCCCGUUCCGAACGCUGGCCAUGGUCAUGUGCGGCAUUACCGUCAUCGUCGUCUCCCGAUUCACCAAAUACCUCUUCGAGUCGCACAUUCUGGCGCCGAAGUGGGACGUCUUCAAGUGCGUCGUCAACGUUCCCGAUGACGUCCAGAAGUUCCCCACACCACCAGAAGGUGAACUAACGGUAAUGAACUCCGCCGCCGUCCAGAAGUACGCCGCCACCGAGGAGAUCAAUGAGAUGAACGGCAGGGUCAACCCGGCGCUCACACUCUCCGACUCCGAUGACGAGGAUGCCCCUCCGCGCGCUACGCACAAGACCCGCAAAAGAACGACCAGCACCAGCCAGUCAGGAGGAGGAGAGGGCGGCAAGGGAGCUGGGGGAAGAGGAAGUGUCUCCAGCGCCGCAGCAGGAGGGCCGGUUAGAGAAGGAAGCAUGUCCAGCGCCAGAAAAGCAAACAUCAUCACGGCGAAUGGGUCGAAGGAGGGGAAGAUCGGUCAGACCAGUCUGUAAGGUAGAGAGGAAGCAUUACGAGUCAUUUUAUUCCACCAAAAUGACGAGGAGAGGUCCUAUAUUACAUCUGUUUAACCUAGUGAGACAUGCUCGAUAAUCAGGCGGCCUCAAGACGCGGCUCCAGCGCACGUCAGAUCCUUAUUGAGAUAACUAGGCGACUCAGCGCACAGUCUAGUUGUCAGUAAGGUGUCGAGCGAGCAAAGCGAGCCCAGUACGACGAAGACAGGCGAAAAGUCUACGAACAUAACAUAGACUCUUCUUUAAACCAGCUUGAUGUCCACCUAAGCCCAGCAUGCUGAGCAACGUAAUGGUUUUCUGCCUUACCAUUCGCUAGUAAGCCGUGUCGUACCGUUUUAAAGACCAGCAAAUGUGACCCAACCAUACUGAGCAAAAAGCUACUGUGUACCUAAGCUUACCCUACGUCGGUGUAGCUUUGGCUCUACAUAAGUGGAUCUGAAUGUUCCUUUUAUUUAGCUACCUCGCAGGGCUCUCACAACCAGUUGAUGGAUCAGCUGUCGUUGUGAGGUCUCUUCAGGCGGAUACCCUUGGGAUUCACCGCUAAUUGAUUUGACCGUAGCAAUCUAAAACUCGGAGAUAGUCAGCAGGACACAGUCUUGCAGCUACAAAAGGAGCAGAAGGCAUUAGCUGCAAACAGUAAGGAGCCGUGUUUUCGAAAAGGUAUCGAUUCAGUUAUUAGUCAUCAGUAAGAAUUCUCAAAAGUUUUCAUUCUAAGGAGUAAAUACUCCUACAUCAAUUUUUUUUAACAUUUUUUUUUCUUGACUGGUAAAGGACCUUCAGAACAUCGGACCACCUGUUUCAAAAAAGAAGUUCUCAUAAAUGAGUCAAGCGCAUUGUCUAAUGCGAGCAAAAGUGCCACGCCACCGGAAAGAAACAUAUCAUAUAAAUGCACAAUUAACGUUAGAUGACCUGUGUAAAAGGUGUUGUACCAAGCUAUUGCUGUUUAGAUAAAGCUGUUGCUAAAUUGAGAAUCGUUUACCAAUCGUUCCGAUGCCUUGAGAACAUAUCAUCUGUUCGUUCUUAUUCAUACGUUGCAUACACUGUAAUUGUUGUAUAAUUAUCGAUGUACGACAUAAAGCAUCGUAUUAUUGGUCGAUCACAGUUAUUGAUCAAAUGUUAUCAUCCUCCAGUCGUUUAGGCUACGAUUCCGCCCCAGUAAACAUAUCAGCGUUCGUGUUGGCUGUUCACUAGCUGUCGUCAAACGCAUUGUUAUAGAUCAGUACGCAGCGUUCGUUGAUCUGAUUGGUGCUCAGGCCGUCUGUGUGCUGCGUGAGCAGCCGUGCGCAGCGCUGUUAGAACACGUCUCAUCGGGAUUCGUCAGGGCCGAUGGUGACAGUGUUCUCUAGCUGCUUACGUUGUCAGGGUAUCUCGCUCCUGAUUGGUCGCUGUGUCGGACAGUCAGCUGGCCACGCUAGCUCGCUGUUGUGAUGUUGACUGUUCAGGGCUCUACGAGUAUUCCUGGUCCCGUCAGAAAAACGUACGCAAUGUCGGAUUACGUUGUAAUUGCGCUUGGCUGUACAGUUACGCAAAUGUUGGUGUUAGGCGACUGAGCACAAAAUGGUGCUGUGUUGUUACGUUUUGUUGUGUAUCAUACUGGAUGAUUGUAGGGUAUUUUAUUUGCUUGGUACUGUCGCGGUGUUAUGUAUUUGAUAGUCGGAAGUUUAUCCCGGCUGUCUCGCGAGAGCCAGCGUAGCUAUGUCAGUGUACUGUACUCGGUGUUGGAGAAAGCAAUAUGUGUCGCAAAAAUACGUGUAUAAAAGUAAUAGCUGAAUAGCGACGGGGCCAUAGUCCCAGUUUUAUGUUAUCGCUUGGUGAAAGGCAGCCGUGACAUUAUCUGAAUGAAUUCGCAUCGGGAAGAGAGAAAAUUAAUUACACGUGGAGGUAGACAAACAUUUAACACGUGAACAUGAUCAUGAAAUGAUGUUCCCUAUACUACAAGAAAUAGCAAUUCUAGCAAACAACGUCAAGCACAAACUUUCCUCUUCGCCUGAACAUCCGAUCACGUGCGACAACAUAUCGUAAAGAUUUGCCACCAACUUGAAACUUGCAAAGAUAUUCAGCUCCACCCCUGGGCACCUCUCAAACUCGCCAAAUCUCUGUCUGGUCCAAAGCGUGCAAAUAAUUGCUUCAGAAUGUCACGUGAAGCAAUGAAUAGCACAACCUCGCGAAUUCGUGUCAUAGGUAUAGGGUAUACUGAUGUGUGCUUUGUGUAGUGCGUAGUGCAUUGUGUGUAGUGCGUAGUGCAUAGUUUGUGUUGAAAAGUAGAAUAUUGCGGCACGUGACACGCAGGUCGUGGUUGCCGCUGUUGUGCCGAGUAAGAGAAAUACACUGUUUUGUAGAAGAAAAA